CCAUAGAAUGACGGUUUUAUGAUUCCGAGUCCCUGAUACGGAGUCGCAAGUCAAUGGUCCUCUACUAGUAGGUCUUCACACAUAACCCCUCCUUCAACAAGACCCCUCUCAAUAGUCAAUACUCCCACCUUCAUCAGUGGAAAAGCCCCCCCUCUCUCUUGUGGUCCAAAAGAACACCCAUAUGUCGAGUCUCCAGUCCCGUGCACCGGUUCCCCUGGACCUCCUACUCUCAGAAUCAUACAUCUUCGACCCUCGACCCCACUAUCCAUUACUAUCUACCCUCAAACGAUUCUGGAAUCCUUCAUGGACCGACUCGGAUGGAUUGACCCUGUUGUUUACCCAUGGCACAGGUUUUCACAAAGAACAGUGGGAACCUACCAUAGAUUAUUUGCUGGAGCUGAUUCAAGUCAACACUGCGAGUAUUAGUGCACAAGGAAGGUCCAGUCCCAAUCGCCGGAACAACAGCAUUAAAAUACGAGAGAUAUGGACUAUUGACGCACCGAACCAUGGAGAUGCGGGGGUGCUCAAUGAAAAGUCUCUGCGGAAUGGGUACGAGCCUGCUUUUCCGAAGUGGCAGGAAUAUGCACACAAUAUACACGCCUUCCUUACCGGAAGGGGCCAGACUCUGCUUGGAACUUACUCGGAAGAUAAUAGAACCGUGAUACCUAAUUUUGACUUUAGCAAUCAUACUAUUGUGUGUAUAGGUCAUUCCAUCGGAGCCAUUUCCCUCCUGCUCUCCCUGGACCUUGCGCCAUCCAUUGAGAGCCUUAUCAAUAUCUCUUCGUUGAUCUUUAUCGAACCUAUGACGAUGCCGCCUACUCUAGGAAGCUUCCAGGACCUGGCGGAGAAGCUGGCGUCUGGAUCACGGUCGAGAAGAGAUGUAUGGCCCAGUGCAGAAGAGGCAUAUAAAAUGUUCAAGACGCGUCGAACAUGGCAAUCAUGGGAUGAUAGGGUGUUGAAGAUCUUCGUGGAUACUGGUUUACGACCCCUCCCAACAUUGAGCUAUCCCAAUGCUCAAUAUGGCACUAGCACGCCGGUAACACUCAAAUGUACACGGGAACAGGAGACGGCCACAUACAGAGAGACACAUGGCUGGGAUAGGAUAUAUCGAAACCUGCCAUCCUAUGCGUCUCGCGUACGGAUACAUAUUUAUUAUGGAAAAAUUCAUGAUUUCAUUGCUAAGGAGUGCAAAGAAAAUGUUAUUAACACCGCCGCUGGGGGACCGCAGAAUUUCGCGAGUAUUGGGUUUAUCGACGGUGCGGGACAUACGGCUCCGCAACAAAAACCGCGCGGUGUCGCAGAAAAGAUCUUUGAGGCAAUCGAGACUGAUGCAAAGGAUCGACUCAAGGGCGAAUCCUUUCAAGCCAAGUUAUAAAAUACAUGAAAGCAAUUGUUCUAUAGUACAGCGAUACACUUCUUCAAACGUCGAGCUUUCAAGUUGACGAACUAAAUACUUUCGUGGUUGAUUUCUUUUUUUCGACCGUCUCUUCAAUCAAUUGUCCAUCAUGACCUUCAGCUUGACCUAAAGGCCCAUCGACUGCGUCCCUAGAGAAGGAAGCCUCAGUAGGCUGUACGGCGUUUUCCGGCGAAUGACGUUCAUGGAUGUACUUUAUGGUCUUGUCUGUAAGCUCGCUCGGCGAGGCGGUCGAACGAUCGGCCUAAGAAAUGAAUGAGAUAUUAGG